AUGAGUACUACUGCACCUGUUGCGGCCCCGAUUACCGUCGAUCCUGGUCUAGAAUCUGAGGUCGAAGACGACCAAAGUGACCGGAACAGCACGUAUAGUUCAUCCACGGCGUCUCUCACCGAGAGCAUCAAGGAAUACCGCGAAAUUCAUGGGCGUACGUACACACAGAAAACCGAGUACUGGGGACCCAACGACGAAAAGCAUAAUGAUGCUCUUGACUUCAACCACUAUUGGAUGACCGACUUUUUUGAUGGCAGGCUGGCAUUGGCGCCGAUUGGAGACAGCCCCCAGAGGGUUCUCGACCUUGGUACUGGCACAGGUAUCUGGGCCAUGGAAUUCGCCGACGAGUACCCUUCAGCCGAGGUCGUCGGCACCGAUUUAUCGCCGACUCAGCCUACGUGGGUUCCUCCUAAUGUCAAGUUUCUCAUAGAUGACUUUGAAGAAAAAUGGACCGGCUGGCCCAAAGACCACUUCGACUACAUCCAUGCUCGGAAUCUAGAGGCUUGUUUUAAGGAUGUGCCGAAGUUCUGCAAAGAAGCAUUUCAUUACACGAAGCCUGGAGGAUGGUUCGAGAUCAUCGAAUUCGAUACGAAGGGUCGCUCUCAAAACACCGAUUUGGACGAAAACCACAUUUUCAACAAGUGGCAUGCGUGGACUUGCGAGGGCCAAGCCAAAAUGGGCAAGCCUUCGGGUAAUGUGUCCUCAGGGAAGUUCAAGCAGGGGCUUCUCGAUGCUGGGUACACCGAGCUUGUCGAGAAGAAGUGGAAGAUCCCAAUCGGUUCCUGGCCAGCGAGGCCAGAUCUCAAGAGACUUGGUCAGUGUAACCUAGAAUUCAUGGAGAUGUCUCUGGAGGGUUUUAUGCUCUAUCUCCUCAGAGAGGCUCUAGGUUUCAGCUACGCUGAGGCUCAGGUUACCAUCACUGAGGUGAGGGCGGCUUUCAGGAACUCGAAGAUCCAGCCAUUCUACUACAUGGAUGCUAUAUACGCACGCAAACCUCUGAAAACUGAGAACACGGAGGCUUAA